CAUUUUUUUUUUGUUUACAAUUAUUUAAUUAUUAUUUUUAGUUAUAAUUACAAAAAGAAUAAAUAAAAAGAAAAACAAUUAAUUAGUUAAGUGUGAAUAAAUAUAAAAUGAAUUUGAAAAUUGAUGGAUAUUAAAAAUAAAAGAAAAAAAACAAAAAUCAAAGACUGGAACAACAAUUUUUUUUAAUACUAUUGUAGGAAAUUAAGAAAGAUUUUAAAAAUUACAAAAAAUGGCUAAAUUUUUGUUUUAAAUAGCAAAAAAAAAAAAUACAAUCGUAACAAAAUAAAGAAAAAAAUGAUUUUUUAAAUUGAUUUUAAAUAAAUAAAAAUAGAAAAUAAUUUUUCACAAAAAAAAGAGAGAGGACCAAAAAAGCACAAAAAAAAGGCUAAAAAAAUUAAAAAAAUUUGAAAAUUUAUAAAAAAAAAAGGUUCUAAAAAAUUUAAAUAAAAGAAAAAAAAAAAAUUUGGAAAAAUAGAGAAACUAUUUUUAAUAUUUAAAAAAAGGUGGAAAAAAAUUUCUAAUACAGAAAAGAAAUAAAAAUGAAGAGAUUUUGAAAAAUUUAUUUAUAAAAAAAAGAAAAAAAAACCAAAAAAAGAGAGAGAGAGAGAGAGAGCAAAACAGAAAACAAAAAGAGAACAAAAAUAAAUUAAAUAAUUUUGCAAAAUUAAUGAAAAUUUAAGAACAAAAAUAAAUUAAAUAAUUUUGCAAAAUUAAUGAAAAUUUAAAAAUAAAUGAUAAACAAAAUAAAAAAGAAAAACUAAAAGGAAAAUUUUCCAAGAAAUAAAUUAAUUUUUUUUUUAUUAGAAAUUUAUUUUUAAAAUAAAUUUUGAAAAUCAAUUAUUUUUUUUUAACAAAUUGAAAAAAAAAAAAAAAUUAACGAAAAUUAAUUUACCAAAAAGAAAAGAAGGGAAAAUUUUUAUUCAAAAAUUUAAAAAUUUUGCCUUUUUUAAAAUUAAAUAAUUAAAAUUUUUCUUAUUUAAAAAUGUCCGCCUUUAAUAUUUUAUUAAUUCACUGUCGUAGUAAUAUGUAUUUAAUAAUUGGCAUUUGCCUUGGUCUUACAAUGAGUUUAUUAUUAUCGCCAAUUGAAUUAAAUGAUUGUAUUGAUAUAACAUCAUCGGAAACAUUACCAUUUCCAAUUCGUCAUGAUUUUAAUGAUGAUUAUGAGCCAAAAUUUAAUAUCAACGAUAAACCAAAACAAGCGCAAAAAAUACCAAAAUCAUUUAUACGUCCACGUUAUUAUUCAACUGAAUUGGGUAUAAGGGAAAAAUUAUUUAUUGCAAUUAUUGCUGAACAUGAAUAUUUAUAUAAACGUGGCGUGGCAUUAAAUAAAACAUGUUCACAUAUUGUUGAUAAAAUGCGUUUUUUUAUAUCAAUACCAGAAGGUAUUAAACCAAAUGUAACAUUACCGGGAAUUGUUGGUUUCACCGAUACAAGAAAUCUUUUAAAACCAUUUCACAUUAUGAAAUAUAUAACUGACAAUUAUCUUGAGGAAUAUGAUUAUUAUUUUUUAAUUAAAGACACAAGUUUUGUGAAUGUUAGAAAAUUAAAAGAAUUUGUUGAUAAAUUAAGUGUGAGUCAUGAUAUUCAUAUGGGAAUUGGAAGCGAAGUGGAAAAUUAUUGUUCACUUGAUGCUGGUAUAUUAUUGAGUAAUUCAAUAGUGAAAAAAGUGAAAUCAAAUUUAGAUUGGUGUGUAAAAAAUACAUUUUCCGAUUCGGAUGAUAUUAAUUUUGGUCGUUGUAUUUUACGUGCAAUUCCCGUGCCAUGUAAAAAUUCAGCGUAUGGUGAAAAUUUUAUAACAACAAAUUUGCCAGGAAAUUUUAAUUUUCAAACUGAUUUUCAACAAUUGAGAAAAGAAAAAUUAUUUGCCAAUUCAAUUUCUGUUUAUCCCAUUACUGAGAUAAAUGAUGUUUACAAAUUCAACGCCUACUUCACAUCGAUGGAAUUAACAGCGGUUAACGAUGAAAUAAAUCGUUUACGUGAUAAAAUAAUUGAAACAACAAAUUUUGGUCCUGAAAAACAACAAAAUUACACAUGGCCAAUUGGCAAUCAAGCGGGUAAUAAAGCAAUGGGACGAUUUGAUAUUUUACAUUGGUCAUAUUUUAAUGAAACACAUCUUUUUAUGAAAAAUGAUAAUGAAAUAAAAAAAAAAUUAACUGGUAGUUUAAAAAAAGAAAUUGAUUAUAUUUUACAUGCUGCAAUAAUGCAUAUGAUAAAAAAAUCCAAUGGUAAAUUAAUAUUUCAAAAUUUAAUUAAUGGCUAUCGUAAAUUUGAUUCAUCACGUGGUAUUGAUUAUAUACUUGAUAUUAAUUUUACCACAAUAUUUGACAAUAAUAAUAAUAAUAAUAAUAAUAAUUUUGAUAAAAAAGAGAGUUUCAUUAAAAGAAUUGAAAUUUGUAAACCAUUGGGAAAAGUUGAAAUAUUACCAGUACCAUAUGUUACGGAAAAUUCACGUAUUAAUAUGAUAAUUAUUGUCGAUUCAUUGAGACGAAUUGAAGGAAUGAAAUUUUUGGAUAAUUUCGCACAAAUUUGCCUUGAGAAAAAGGAUAAAGUUGUUUUAAUGAUGGUUUUGUUAUAUGAUCCAAAUUCAUCGUCAAAAGGUAAAGAUGAUAUAUUUUUUGAAUUAAAACAUAAUGCAUUAUCAUUGUCGGAGAAAUAUAAAAAAGAUCUCAUUAAAAUUACAUGGCUAUCGAUUCGAUUGCCAAUUCAAUUUAAUUCAAUUGAAAUGGAGCCAUUGUUAAAAAUUGCAAUUGCCGAUUUAUCAGUGAGAAAAUUUUCACCCGAUAGUUUAAUACUUUUCGUUGAAUUGGAAAUGGAAAUAAAAAUUGAUUAUCUCAAUCGAGUUCGAAUGAAUACAAUAAAUCAAUGGCAAGUUUUUAGUCCAAUUCCAUUUGUUGAAUUUCAUCCUGAUAUUAUUUAUAAUGAGGAUAAAAAUAUUGAAUUCGAUGUUGUUCGCAAUUUGGGACGAUAUAAUGAUUUUAAUUUUAAUUCCAUUGGUUUUUAUGCUAAAGACUACAUAAGCACUCGUAAAUUAAUUGAGGGAAAAAUUCCAAUUGUAAGAACCGAUAAAGACAUUGGAACAAUAAUAAAAUCAAAAACAAUAAUUGGCUCAAUUUUUGAAAUGUUUGUUAAAUACAGUGAAUUACAUGCAUUUCGUGCUGUUGAGCCAAGUUUAAAAAUACGCUACAAAAAUAUCAAUUGCAAUGGUACAAGGAGGGAGGAUAUUUUUCAAAAUUGCAAAAAACAACAAAAUUUACAACUCGCACAUCGUGGCGAAUUAACAAAAUUAAUUCUCGAAUACCAAAGUGAAUUGUGAUUUUUUUUUUAUAUUUCCAAGUUAUUUUUCUUGGCAUUUAGAAAAUUUAUUUACUAAAUUUUUCUUUCUUUUUAUAUUUCCAAAUUUUUUUUCUUGGCAUUUAGAAAAUUUAUUUACUAAAUUUUUCUUUUUUUAUUUUUAGCAACGAAGAAAUGAGAUUAAAAAAAAAAAAAACUGGUUAUGAAUUUUCUUUUUAAGUUUUUUUUUUUUUUAGUUAAUAUAAAUUAUUAGUAUUUUAUUUAUAUUAUAUUAGUAUUUUAAUUUUAAUUUUAAUUUUAAUUUUAAUUUUAAUUAUUUUAUUAUUUCUAUUUUAAUUUAUAUUAAAAAUUGUUUAUUAUUUUUAUUUUAGCUAUAUUAUUAUUAAUAAAGGAGCUUUGCACAUCUG